AUGGCUUCUGGAUCGAGUGCCCCUGUAAGCAUAGGUAAGCGACGAAGAGAAGUAGACGAGGCAGCUGCGACACCAAACAAAAGGAGAUUGAUCAGCGACGAGAAGCAACAGGAAGAAAAGCCAACUCUUGAAGAUAAAGCGGUCAAAACCGGAGCUCGUAAGAGCAGAACAAGCUUACAGCAAACAAAGGGGACGCAAGUUACGCCCAACGAAAACCAGCGACAUGGGAACACUGGUAACCAACACGAGUCGUCUCAUGCCUCACCUGUCGAAGCUCCAGAACAUCGUCAAAAGCCUAGAGCUAAGAAGAUAUUGAAGCGUUUCAAGCAAAUAAAAACACAGACAGCUAGUCCUUUCCAAGGACAAGGGGAAGUCAUGCUUAAGAAGCCAACAGGAGCUAUUCUGACGUCUAAUAAUACACCAGCGAAGACUGAGCGUGGUAAGAGACGCAGAUCUUUGGCCAGACUGCAACGUACCAACAUAUGGGAUCUACCGAAGACUUCUGCGCCGCCCAAUGAGGAUCUACCUGACGAUGAGCUCGUAGAAGAAGCUGACGAGCGUUCACACUCCCCAGAGCAGGAGCUAGAAGAUGUCGAUUCUGGUGGUGAAGGAUAUCAAGACAUCGCUGAUGAAGAGACCGAAGACACCGGAACGGACGAAGAACACGAAAGUACAGUACCUAAGGCCUCCCAAAAACCAAAAGGCCGUCCACUUCUGACUGAGGAGGAGAAGAGAGCAAAGAAGAAAGCAAUAGCCAAACAGCAACAAGAAAACCUGGAGGAGACUGAAGCAGCACGGCUCAUUGAACUAGGAAAGCACUGUGAGAGGUUUAUGCGCGGCAUUGGAGACAGUGUCUGGCACCUUGGUGGUCAAGAUUGCUGGUCCAAAAUGGGCGGCGCAGCAAACAUGAUCACUUCCAUGGUCGCACCAAACAAAGACAUGGGCACCGAAAGGAGUCGUGCGGUGUGGGAACAUCUCGAGGAGUUGUCCCGGAUCUUCCUGGGAAAAGAGGGUGUUGAACCGACCACGAUCGAUAAUAUUCUGCAACGGCUCGACAAGAGCACUACAAGAUCGACACUAAUGGAGGUACAGCCGAGUGCACCAGGCGACCGUACCGUAGUUGAUACGUUCGAGUACUUGAUCCCGCGUUCUGUGCAGGUGCUUAAGCACGCACUUCGGGGAUCUUUACAGCUUCACAGCAAGAGGUCGUUGAAACAACUCCAAUCUCUUGUCGACAUAUCCCGCAGGCUCUGCAAUACUGCACGAGGAUGGAGGCCAAAGCCGAGCACGUUGGAGGGCGGUAUUCGCAGACAUGUUCGAAACGACAUUCAGCCAAACCUUAGAAAGAUUUCGCAUUUUGUCAACAAUCACUUGAGGGUUCUGGCAGAUGCAGCACUUCGAAAGCAGGAAUUGCGCCAACUGGAGAAAGAGCAAUUACGAGCAAAGGCGGAAAUGAGGCGAUUGAAGGAGGAGAUUCGAAUGAGGAUGGUGUCCCAGCAUGUGACAUCUAAUUCCCAUUCACGUAGUGCACAUAUGGACGCUGAAGAUAUAGACGAGAUUUUGGAUGAUGAGCCGUCUGAACCGAUACCUCAGAGCACAACGAUGCCUCAAGGCCAAGCUAGUCAAGGAACAUUUGUUCACAAUAGCGAGCAAUGGACGGAGGAGGAAGAAAAAGCUCUUCUAGGUGGCUUACAGACAUUUCAAGCUGGCGACCGAUAUGUUCGCAUUCGGAGCAUGUGCCCCACGCUCUCGUCGAAGAGUAUAGAUCAAUGCAAAGCUCGGGCACAAUAUUAUAGGAGAAUGUGCAGGGCUAAGCUGGAACAGCACGCUGCUGAUGGUGACCACAGGUUUGACUGGCUUGAACUUGUGUAA